AUGAUUGACGCCGACAAUGUCACCGACGUAUUGAAUACUGAUAUCCGAACACCCAUUCCGAAAUCAAUUGUUUCGAAAAUUAUCACUUUGCCUCCUUUUGUGAUUGUUCCUGGCGUAUCGAACUUCCGAGAUUUAAGCCACGAUAACGAACUCCGCCCCGGGUACGCCUACCGCUCAGCUAACCUAUCAGAUAUCGAAGAGAAGGGAAAGUCAAUCUUAGUGGAAGAUCUUGGCAUCACCACGAUAUUCGACCUUCGCAAUGAAGGGGAACGGGAGCGGGCUCCCAGCCCAGAGAUUGUUGGAAUCGAAACCAUAUGGAUGCCCUACGGAGCCAGACCAGCCUCGCUGAACCUGAAGGAUUUCUCCCAAGAUGACCCAUCUGCGACUGGAUUCGUGAAGAUGUACAUGGGCAUUUUGAAUGCGGCAACACCCAUAUUCACUGAAGUUUUCAGUCAUAUCAGAGACGAACCUAACGACCCCUUUAUUUUCCAUUGUUCUGCUGGAAAAGACCGGACGGGAGUCCUUUCCGCUCUUAUCCUCCUCCUUAUUGGGCGGCCUCAUGAUGAAAUAAUCAACGACUACCUAUAUACACGCGUGGGACUGGAGGGUGUACGGGAGAAUUUGAGUCAUGCUUUUUCUCUCCAUGUUGGCACCGAUCAUUUAAGCGCGGAGGCGAAUGGUAUGCUCGAGCUGAGUGGCGUUCGGGGGUCGGCUAUGCAGGCGUUCCUCAAGACUUUCGAGGCCACUUACAACGGCGUCGAAGGAUAUUUGAACACCCAACUUGGCUUCUCUUACGAUGAUAUGACACUCAUGCGCAAGAACUUGACUCAAUAUUAA